AUGAACAUCAAUCCACUCAUCCUCGGUCUCAAUGGACAACAACAUCUCCCACCCAAUGGCAACCAUCAAGCACACCAUGGCCCCAUCACUCACCAGCUCGGCUUGCCACUACCCCCCGGCUUGUCAAGGGGUACCAACGAAUACAGCUCAUCCCCUCAAGAUGGUCGCUCGAGAAAAAAUCAGAGACUCACUAAUUCUAAUGGCAGCACUCGCCUCGGCGGUACUGGCGUUUUGGACGGUAGCAACGUGUCGAUUGCCGGGACUCUUCGUAUUUCUGCUCCUGGCACUUAUGCUAACGGCAACAGCACCACUCUCGGCAUUCAUCACGACGGUUCUGCUCCGCGCACUCGCACUCGUGACAAUGGCUCUGACUCUACUUCCGACAUUAGUUACAACAGUCACAGAUCAGCUGCUUCCAGCACUCGCCUCGGCGCUACUGGCGUUUUGGAUGGUAGCAACGUGUCGAUUGCCGGGACUCCUCGUAUUUCUGCUCCUGGCACUUGUGCUAACGGCAACAGCUACACUCUUGGCAUUCAUCACAACGGUUCUGCUCCGCGCACUCGCACUCGUGACAAUGGCUCUGACUCUACUUCCGACAUUAGUUACAACAGUCACAGAUCAGCUGCUUAUACACUUGAAAACAGCUCCGGUAUUCAUCCUAACAGUCACAGCUAUGCUCAUCGGACUCACAACCACGGAUCCAGCUCCAAUCCGGCCAUUCAUUACCAAAGCACUCAUGACAACCGCUCCGACUCUGCUCCCAGCAUUCAUUAUAACGGCCACAAAUCUGCUCCUGGCCCUUGUGACAACGCUUCUAGUUCUGCUUGUCAUGUUCAUUUCAACAGUCUCUCUUCCGCUCCUGGUCUCACUCAUGACAACAGCCCCGGUUCCACUCCUGGAACUUGUGACACCAGCCAAAAUCCUGUUCCUGACACUCACCUUGCCGACUCCAGACUGAAUGGAUUAGCUCUUGGCAGCCAACAGCAACAUCCUAACAAAGCUUGCAACUUUGGUGAUACUCAUCUGAGUGGCCAAACGGGCACUACUGGCCCUCGCCACACUGAACAUGUCUCUCAUCAAGCCUCCACUCUCCCGGAUACCAACCAACCGAGCGAUCAGGCAUCCACGGUCCCCGAUACAAACCAGCUACGCAAUCAGGCCUCCACGGUCCCCAAUACAAACCAACCGAGCACUGUACCUGUCCCCAAGCCAAGAAAGCCACGCAAAAAAAAAGCACCAGUGCCGGUCACAGAUGAUGGCGCACAGGCUGUCAACCCCAAUGGGAAUGUAGUCAAGUCCACCAUCCCUGCAGGCCCCACACAGCGGGAAACAAUAACUCGAUUCCUCAAUGAAAAUAAUCCACCUCCCGAAAUUCCAGCAGCGGUCCAGCCAACCAUGGCUGAAUUCAUGAACAAGACCACCGCUGAGAUUCGCAAGAUUGCGCAGGAUAAAUCUAAGAAGGUUAUGACAGGCGAAGAUGAAGCCUUCUUCUUUGAAUUCUACGAAAAGCAACAGCGCAAAUUAGCUGCUGCCGCAGUCCAACGACAUGUGUCUGUUGGCAUGGUAGAACACUUACUAGGCCAAAAGCAGGCGGUUCGCAAGGCCUCGGGCUGGAACAAUUUCCAGACAAAGCAUAGCAGCUUAUUCAAAGGCAAAGGGAAGGGUGUCCGAGGUUCUGGAGCCAUGAGUGAACUAUCUGUCAUGUGGACUGCCAUGACUCCAGAAGAACGAGCCGCUUAUGCAACUGAAAAUCUGUCUCCCACCGAGAAAGACCCCACAAGAUUGAGAGUAAACUCAGAAUCACUCCGGCUAGCAGAGAAGCGUGUUGAAAAAUGGAUGAACACCUGGCAAAAAAAGGCAGUCAAUAUUGCUGCAAGCAAUCACUGUGAGAUUGUCAUUUUUGCAGUGUCAUCUCACCUCUGUGAUUACAGUUUCCAGAACAUUCGAGCCACACCAGGUGCCGCCGAAUUUGUCCGUGAAAUUACAUCUUCAGAUGGGUUGAAAAACUACCAAAGCCGACUCCAAGCGUUUCUGACCGGUGCCCGAUUAAAUCAUAUAUCAGCUUCUCUUGCAAAAGAGACAAGCAAAAAAGGUCAAUCUAAAAGUGAAGUCACUGCCACUCGCGAAAAACUGGCCGAAUUGGUUGAUCACGCAAAAGAUGGAAAGAAAGCCAGUUGGACCUGGCAAGGAUGUGAUGAUGCACUGGGCAAGCUGGGCUACAAAGUUAUCUUCAUGCCUGGACAUGUCUCUCAACCCGAUUGGAUUAAAUCUUACAGCAACAGCCUCCGGCCAACUGAGGCCAAGUUAAUCAACCAAGACAUCGACAACGGACUGAUCCGAGUCAUCCAUGAUCAAGAUGCACUCAUUGGGCGCACUCGGACUAUUAAACAGAAAGCUACUCAGCCAUUAACACCUGGGGAAGAUCACUCAGCUAAUCAGCCUCCACCACCUCCCAAUGGCCAUCACCAACAAACCAAUCAAAAGAAAAAGUCAUGCAAGACGCCACCUGUCCCUAGAAAGCCACGCAAAAGGGCUCGAGUACCUUUGUUGACACCUGAGGAGCAAUUGUUGGAUGAAUCCUCAUCUGAAUCCUCCGAAUCCGAGAUAGCAAUUUGA